GUCUCUUUUCCAGCUGCAGCCAUGGCCUCCCUCGCACGGAUACGUCCCUGCCUUGCCCGUCGCAUCCCCACGUUCGUUCGUGGAAUCCAAAUGUCGGCGGACACGACCCAGCUGCAGGACGCUAUCACGGACCCCUCGCAGCCGUUCACGGUCAAGCUCCACGAGGACUCCUUCCGCACCUACAAAAUAGACCCUCCCUCACUUGAGGUCCAGGUUCAAAAGGAUGAGUUACUCAAGAUAUACAAAGACAUGCAAUGUAUGCGCCGGAUGGAGAUGGCAGCGGAUGCGCUGUACAAAGCCAAACUUAUCCGGGGAUUCUGCCAUCUGGCUAUCGGUCAGGAAGCGGUCUCUGUUGGUCUUGAAUAUGGUAUUACGCCCGAGGACCGCGUCAUUACAGCCUACCGGUGUCAUCCUUUUGCAGUCAUGCGUGGCGGUACGAUCAAAGGCGUGAUCGCCGAACUUCUGGGACGUCAAGACGGCAUGUCUCAGGGUAAAGGCGGUUCUAUGCACAUCUUCACACCCUCGUUCUUCGGUGGGAACGGUAUCGUCGGUGCUCAGGUGCCUGUCGGCGCAGGCAUCGCGUUUGCGCAAAAAUACCUUGGUAAGAAGACAGCCACGUUCGCUUUAUAUGGAGAUGGUGCAAGCAAUCAGGGGCAGGUGUUCGAGGCCUUUAAUAUGGCAAAGCUUUGGGAUCUCCCUUGUGUCUUUGUGUGCGAGAACAACAAGUAUGGUAUGGGUACCUCCGCGGAACGCAGCUCCUCCAACACAGAGUACUUCACUCGGGGUGAUAAAAUUCCUGGCAUUCAGGUCAACGGUAUGGACAUCAUUGCUUCUCGUCAUGCAGUCCAGUUUGCUCGUAACUGGGUCGUGGAGGGUAACGGCCCACUUCUCAUGGAAUUCGUUACCUACCGUUACGGUGGUCACUCUAUGUCCGACCCUGGAACCACCUAUCGUACCCGUGAAGAGGUUCAGCGGAUGCGUAGCACCCAAGAUCCAAUCCGCGGCCUGCAACGAUACAUCGAAGAUUGGGGUCUCGCUACCGAGCAAGAACUCAAGCAACUCGACAAAGAGGCUAAAGGGGAGGUCGACCAGGCCGUUGAGGAGGCGAAGACGUCGCCUAUCCCUCGCUCAGAGGACCUGUGGACGGAUAUCUACUACAAGGGUACAGAACCAUCGUUCAUGCGGGGACGGGAACGUGAGGAAGUUCAUUAUUACUGAUGUGGUGCGAGUUAUGCGAUCGUUGGACGUUCGCUAUGACGGCGCUUUUACCCUUCCGAGAUCUCGCUAUUCAUCACAUCACGUGCCAGGGUUCUGCGACGAGCAGUGGAAUGAGUGAUUUUAUUGUCGGGAUGAUUUUUUACAUAGCAUAGACAUCGCCAUGAGCUCUAUUUUCUUCUAUGUCGUAAGUGCGUGAUUCCUUGGACGGUGUUGCUCGGUGUUUAUCCAACAAUUACACCAUGAGUGUAUUUUCAGUCAAGGCCCUGUUUGGAAUGCCAGUUGAAAAAUUUUGAAAUAUAUAUACUAUCACUUGACUGGUGUUGCAACAUCAGAAAGCAUGGCUUCAGAACUACACAAUCACAUUGGUAAUUACACUACAAAAUACAUGGACAUGUGGAG